AUGAUUGCUGUUUCUGUGGAAAAUGUAGACUUGGUACUACCUGAUAAAAUUAUUCUUCAUUUUAUUAAACUUUUAACUAUCAUGAAAUUCGCUACUUCUGCUUUCGUUUUUACUCUUGUUGGGUCGGUUGUUACUUCUAGUCCAAGUACUCUUCAAACCAGAUCUGUCCAAUUGGAUGAAACUACCAACAAUCAUCUUGAACGUCGUGGAUAUGGACGCAAACGUUUUCGUCAUCAUCAUCGUGGUUUUGGCGGCGGUGGUUUUGGUUUUGGUGGUGGUUUUGGAGGCGGUGGUUUUGGCGGUGGUAGUUUUCGUCAUCAUCGCCGUUACUAA